AUGGAUAAGACGUGGGUUUGGCUGCCAAGGAAUAGUGACGAGUACUCAGAAGGAGCAACUAAUUUCGUGUAUUCAUCAGCAAGAAGAUUGGGAAAUCUGUCUGAAAUGCUGUGUCCUUGCAGAGACUGCCGCAAUUUAAGCCAUCAGCUAGUUGAUAAAAUACUCGAGCAUCUAGUAAUUAGGGGUAUGGAUAAGAAGUACAAGAGCUCUUGUUGGAGUAUUCAUGGUGAAAAAAAAGAAUCUAAAGAAGACACUGGUCCUGGCAAUGAAAUGGAGGCAUAUGAGUUGUUUAAGACAGCAUUCUCCAUGGAUGAAGAUGGUCCAAAUCAGACGAAUGAAAGUGGGGUGGAGCCAAAUGAUGGUGAUGAAGCAGCAGAGGAAACUGAGUUUAGGAAAAAGUUAAGAGACGCUGAAACGCCAUUGUACUCGGAUUGUAUCAAGCACACGAAGGUUUCAGCAAUCAUGGGACUUUACAUAUUCAAGGAUAUGCUACCUGAAGACAAUGUGCUUCCAAAGAGUAUGGAUGCAAUCAAGAAAUUUUUGAAGAUAUUUGGUUUCGGCUACGACAAUAUUCAUGCUUGCAUACUAUAUAGGAAGGAGUUUGAAAAACUAGAAAGCUGUCCAAGAUGCAAAGUUUCGAUAUGGGAGAAGGAUAAGCACAACAAUGAGAUAAAGGUUAGGAUCCCAGCUAAGGUCCUUCUAUAUUUUCCAAUCAAGGAUAGAUUUAGGAGGAUGUUUAGAUCAAAGAGGAUGGCUGAAGAUCUGCGUUGGCACUAUACCAAUGCGACUGAAGAUGAUUGGAUGAACCCUUUCUCCAUGCAAAACACCAAUCACAGCACAUGGCCAAUGUUGUUAGUGAACUACAACACGCCUCCAACGAUGUCUAUGAAGGCUGAGAAUAUAAUGUUGACAUUGCUGAUCCCUGGUCCAACAGCUCCUGGUAAUAACAUAGAUGUCUACUUAGCACCAUUAAUAGAUGAUCCGAAAGAUUUGUGGGCUGAGGGUAUUGAAGUCUAUGACUCAUUUGCGAAGGAGAAUUUCACACUUAGAGCCUUACUGCUUUGGAGUAUCAGUGACUAUCCAGCAUUAGGAACCUUGUCUGGAUGUAAAGUGAAGGGGAAACAAGCAUGCAAUGUAUGUGGAAAGGAUACACCUUCUAGGUGGCUUAAGUUCAGCCGCAAGUUUGUCUACAUGGGAAAUAGAAAGAGACUAUCGCCUGGCCAUCAUUACAGAUAUAAAAAAGCUUGGUUCGACAACACAGUGGAGGAAGGGAAUGUGAGUAGGAUACAAACUGGCGCUGAGAUAUAUGAAACAUUUCAAGAUUUUAGGAAUGAUUUUGGAAGACCUCUAGAUAAGGAGAAAAAAAGGAGAAGACCAGAGUUGGAAGAUGAUGAGAUGGUUCAAGAAGAAGAGUGUGAAGAAUCAAAUGAUCUAUGGCGGUGGAAGAAGAGAUCAAUUUUCUUUGAACUACCUUACUGGAAGGAUAUGCAUGUUUGUCAUAAUAUUGACGUUAUGCACGUUGAAAAGAAUGUGUCGGAUGCUAUACUGUCUAUCUUGAUGCAAAGUUUGAAGUCAAAAGAUGGUUUGAAAGCAAGAAAAGACUUAGCAGAUAUUGGAAUCAGAACUCACUUGCACACAGAGGUUAGGGGUUCGAAAACAUACUUACCUCCAGCAUCGUAUUGGCUAUCCAAGAAAGAGAAGACCAUUUUCUGCAAAAGGUUAUCUCAGUUUAGAGUUCCUGAUGGUUAUUGUGGUAAUAUUGCGAAUAGUGUUUCAGUUAACCCUCCUAAUAUAGGUAGUUUAAAAUCGCAUGAUCAUCACGUGCUAGUACAGAACUUGUUACCAGCUGCAUUAAGAGGGUUGUUGCAUAGUGGUCCUAGGAUUGCCAUUAACAGAUUAUGCAGCUACUUUAACAGGUUGUGCCAACGCAUCAUUGACCCAGAGAAACUUAUAUUAAUGGAGACAGAGUUUGUGGAAACAAUGUGUCAACUGGAGCGCUUCUUCCCUCCAUCUCUUUUUGAUAUCAUGUUCCACCUUCCAAUACAUCUCUCAAAAGAGGCACGCUUGGGAAGACCAGUUCACUUCCGCUGGAUGUAUCUAUUUGAAAGGUACAUGAAAACACUAAAGGCCUUUGUUAAGAAUUAUGCAAGGCCAGAAGCAUGUAUGGCUGAGGGGUAUUUAGCUGGAGAAUGUGUUGCAUUUUGUUUAGAGUUCCUUCAAGAUUCAGUACAAGUUCAAGAACCAGUUAAUCGUAAUGAAGAUAUUGAGGCGGAUAGAGUCGUGGUUGAAGGUCGACCUCUGCAGAAGGGAGUAGAGGUCACCCUUUCAGAUAAAGAUAGAGAUAUUGCUCAUCGCUAUGUGCUAAUGAACAUGGCAUCUAUGGAUCCCUAUGUUGAGAUGCAUUUAGAAGAAUUACAAGCUAAUGAUGCUCGAUGUGCUAGAAAUGAAACUCUGCUGUGGAAACACCAUACUGAGCAGUUUGCAGAAUGGAUUCAGUCAGACUCAACAAAUAGUCAUUCUAAGGAGUUGAGGCGGUUUGCAUUCGGACCAAGAAAUGCUGCUUUAGCACAUAAAGGGUUUAUUAUUAAGGGCCAGCGGUUUCAUACGGAUGCGGUUAAGCGGAAGACUCAAAACAGUGGAGUAAGUUAUGAAGCAUUUAGCAUGUGUAGAUCAAGUGCUCGAGAUAUGAGAAAAGUUGCUGAUAUGCUUACAUAUUAUGGAGUUAUAAAGGAGAUUUUACUUAUGGACUAUCACAUGUUCAAAGUACCGCUGUUCAGAUGCAAUUGGGCUAACACAGGGAAUGGUGUGAAGGAAGAAUAUGGCUUCACUCUCAUUAACCUUCAUAUGAACCAGGCAGCUUAUCUGAAAGAUCCGUUCAUUCUGUCCUCUCAAGCAAAACAUGUUUUCUACUCUAGGGAAGAUGAUAAUUCUAAUUGGUAUGUUGUUAUGAGAGCACUGUGA